AUCGAAAACCUCCUGGAUCAGCUGAGGGACAAAGAGAAACAGCUGAGCGGCCUGAAAGACAGAGUGAAGUCUUUGCAGACGGACACCUCCAACACAGACACCGCUCUGGGAACGCUGGAGGAGGCUCUUUCCGAGAAGGAGCGAAUCAUCGAACGCCUGAAGGAGCAGAGGGAAAAGGAGGAAAGGGAAAAAGGCGACGAGAUGGAGUCCAGCAAGAAAGACCUAAAAGAGUUUAGGGAGAAAGUGUCCCAGCUGCAGGCUGACCUCGCCGACCGUGAGGUAAACAGCAUCGCUCAAAUCCACAUCCAUUUUAGAGCUGAAAUUCACAAAAACAGGCUCUCCAUUGUUGCAAAAAAAACAUGACUGAUGUGUGACUGC